AACUCAAAUUAGAUAUACAUCAUUUGAAGAAUGUAGAAAAAGGUCGCACAACUAAUCAUAAAAGACAAAGAACCAAUGGAAAUUCCGUUAUUCGUCGUUCAACCAUCGUCAAAGACACAGCAUCGAAUAUUUCACUGCAAAAUCAAACAUUUACGCCUAGCGACGCUACGAAACCCUGCUACCUAUCAAACAAUGCCUUGGCCUUUUUAUUUCAAGAAAUUUCCCUACAGAUGGGUGGCGAAAAAGUUUAUAGAGUUCGGAAUCCAGGCAUAAUUUCAACUAUAAAA